GCCCGCAGUUGCCCGCGCGCGGCGUGGGGGCGGGCGGCGACCUCUGCCUCGGUGGAUUGCUUUUUUAUUUUUUUUUUAAAUCGAGGAUUCCCAGCAGCUCUGCGGGAUUUUUAAAAAUUUUUCUCCAGCUUCGACUCCGCGGUGUGUUGACACCCCGGGAGAAACUCGACUCUCCAAAGUGUCUCUAGCGCCUGGGACCCGAGGCGGAGUUGGUCGAACUGCGUGCAUGCAAACCCAAGGAUUUGGGUUUGGUUUAGGAGCUCUCCCCCCCCCCUUUUUUUUUUCUUUUUUUUUUUGCAGGGACCCAGGGUUUUCCCACAAGCCUUGCUCUUCGGAUCCUGCGGGGGGGAAGCCCGUGUAGCCGAGCGCCCGGGCUUUAAAGAGAGGUCCCGCCACAGCUUUGUGCUCAUGGACCCGCCGCGCAACUUUUGAAGGCUCGCCGGCCCAUGCGGGGUCUCUCCAGCCGCGCGCCGCCCGCAGCCCCCCUCAGGCGCCGGGGCUGGAGUUGAGCCACCGGGGCCGCCGCGGUCCAUGUAGCCGCUGGCGCCCUCGCGGACGGCGGCUCGGCGCGCGCGCGCGUGCGUGUCCCGCCCCGGCGAGCCCACUCAUGUGGCAGCCCCGCGGUGCCCCCUCGACGACAGGCUGCGCGCGCUCUGCACGGCGCCCCGCGGCGGAGCUUCAUGUGGGGCUGCGGCCCGCGCAGCCGGCGCCUCGCUGAGGGAACGGACCCCCGGUAACCGGACCCUGCCUCCCCCACGCCCCCCAUCCCCGGCGCCCAAGGAUAUCGUAUGUUCAGGUCCAAACGCUCGGGGCUGGUGCGGCGACUUUGGCGGAGUCGUGUGGUCCCCGAUCGGGAGGAGAGCGGCGGCGGCGGCAGCGGUGGCGGCGGCGGCGACGACGAGGAUGGGAGCCUGGGCAGCAGCCGAGCUGAGCCGGCGCCGUGGGCACGAGAGGAAGGCGGGGGCAGCCGCCACCCCGAAGUCCGCUCGGUAACCCCACGCCGGCCCCGGGACGCGGCGGCACCGCCGCGGGGCGCCCCGAUCGCGGGCCGGCGCCGUCGCGCGGGGGGCCCCCCGAGGUCCACGCCGGAGCCGGAGGAGGCCGGCGCCGAGGGCUCCCUCCUGGACGUGGCCGAGCCGGGAAGCCCGGGAAGCCGGCUGCCCGAGAGUGACUGCGAGACGGUGACCUGCUGCCUCUUCUCGGAGCGCGACGCCGCCGGUGCGCCCCGGGACGCCGGCGCCCCCCCGGCCGGGGCCGCCCCGGAGCCGGAGAGCAGCGGGCGGAGCCGCGAAGCCCGCUCGCGGCUGCUGCUGCUGGAGCAGGAGCUGAAGACGGUCACGUACUCGCUGCUGAAGCGGCUCAAGGAGCGCUCGCUGGACACGCUGCUGGAGGCGGUGGAGUCCCGCGGCGGCGUGCCGGGCGGCUGCGUGCUGGUGCCGCGCGCCGACCUCCGCCUGGGCGGCCAGCCCGCGCCGCCGCAGCUGCUGCUCGGCCGCCUCUUCCGCUGGCCCGACCUGCAGCACGCCGUGGAGCUGAAGCCCCUGUGCGGCUGCCACAGCUUCGCCGCCGCCGCCGACGGCCCCUUCGUGUGCUGCAACCCCUACCACUUCAGCCGGCUCUGCGGGCCAGGGUCUCCUGCAUCCACCCAUCUGCCCCAGCCUGGCUUACCUGGGCAUCUUGUGUGCUGUAGCAACCCAGAAUCACCGCCACCCCCAUAUUCUCGGCUGUCUCCUCGGGACGAGUACAAGCCACUGGAUCUGUCCGAUUCCACAUUGUCUUACACUGAAACGGAGGUCACCAACUCCCUCAUCACUGCUCCGGGUGAAUUCUCAGACGCCAGCAUGUCUCCAGAUGCCAGCAAGCCGAGCCACUGGUGCAGCGUGGCGUACUGGGAGCACCGGACGCGGGUGGGCCGCCUCUACGCCGUGUGCGAGCAGGCCGUGAGCAUCUUCUACGACCUACCUCAGGGCAGCGGCUUCUGCCUGGGCCAGCUCAACCUGGAGCCGCGCAGCGAGGCCGUGCGCCGCACCCGCAGCAAGAUCGGCUUCGGCAUCGUGCUCAGCAAGGAGCCCGACGGCGUGUGGGCCUACAACCGGGGCGAGCACCCCAUCUUCGUCAACUCCCCGACGCUGGAUGCACCCGGAGGCCGCACCCUGGUCGUGCGCAAGGUACCGCCGGGCUAUUCCAUCAAGGUGUUUGACUUUGAGCGCUCGGGGCUGCUGCGUGCCGAGUUCGAGUCCACCGACGGCCCCUACGACCCCCACAGUGCCCGCAUCAGCUUCGCCAAGGGCUGGGGGCCCUGUUACUCAAGACAGUUCAUCACCUCGUGUCCCUGCUGGCUGGAAGUCCUGCUCCACAACCACAGAUAGAGCGAGCUGCCCGCCGCCAUCACCGCCGCCGCCGCCGCCUCCGCCCCCCACCUUCCAGGCCCAGAGGCGCCCCCUGGACGAGCCCCUCGCCCCCCCACCCCAUAUCAUCUACCUAGAUUUAAUAUAAAGUUUUAUAUAUUAUAUGGAAAGAUAUAUUAUACUUGUAAUUAUGGAGUCAUUUUUACAAUGUAAUUAUUUAUGUAUGGUGCAAUGUGUAUAUAUGGACAAAACCAGAAAGACGCACUUUGGCUUAUCGUUCUCUCAAUACAGAUAUAUUUUCUUUCUUUUCUUC